AAGAGAGGGAAAUCUAACAGUCAAGUCUCACUGUGAAACACAAUUUUGUCAAUCUGAAAGUUGAAGAUCUGCAAAAGAAUGAGUGGUGUUCUUCCAAGUUCAUUUCUUUCAAUCAAAACUCCUCAACCCCACUUCAUUUCUGGUGCUUCUUUGAAUCCAGCACAUAAAUGUCUUUUGAACAUUAGCCCAAGUAAUCUAUGUGGGAAAGUUCAAGUUUCUAAGCAUCAGAGGACUCUUACAGUUAGAGCAGUUGGGGAUGAUGGAAGACAAAAUAGUGCAAAUAUCUUCGUUGGUGGCUUUAUAUUGGGAGGAAUAGUUGUUGGGACAUUAGGCUGUAUAUAUGCUCCCCAGAUAAGCGAGGCGCUAGCUGGAGCUGACAGAAAAGAUCUGAUGAGAAAGCUUCCGAAAUUCAUAUAUGAUGAAGAGAAAGCUUUGGAGAAGACCCGCAAAGUACUGACUGAGAAGAUUGAGCAGCUGAAUUCAGCCAUAGAUGAUCUUUCUGCUCAGUUGCAUGCAAAUGAUGCCCCGAAUGAGUCUGCUGUCAACUCAGAUGAAGUUGAAGCUUCCUUGUGAUAAACCAUCUGUGGAAAUUUCAAGAUAAAUAAUCAACUCGUAUACAUGUACUUAGCACAAAAAAAAAAAAAAAAAAAA